AUGACCACAUCCCAUGAUACUCUACGACAACAUCUCAUGACUGCCUUCGGUGGAGAAAUUGCAAUGAAAGAUUUGGGUACUUUGUCUUAUUUUUUAGAGAUUUAUGUCACUCGUACUGGGGAUCACAUGUUCUUGCCUCUACAUGCCUAUGCUAGAGAUGUUAUUCAUCAUGCUGCCAUGGUUUCUUGCAAACUAGUUGCCACCCCAAUUGACACCAAUUCUAAAUUGGGUGACACCACUGCUCCUCUCUUUGGUGACCCAACUACUUACCGUAGUCUGGUGGGUGCUCUUAAGUACCUUACUUUCACCCAUCCUGACAUUUCCUAUGUCAUACAGCAAAUCUACAUGCAUAUGCACUCUCCUACUGAAGCUAACUGGAAUGCACAAAAGCGAAUCAUCAGAUAUCUACGGGGCACCAACGAAUAUGGCCUUCACUUUCCUCCUGCUCAGACUUUGUCCUUACUAUCCUACACUGAUGCAGACUGGGCUGGUUUCCCGGACACUCAUCGCUCGACUUCUGGCUACUGUGUUUAUCAUGGUGAUAACGUUCUCUUUUGGUCUUCUAAACGUCAACCAACCGUAUCUCGCUCCAGUGCAGAGGAAGAAUACAGAGGGUUAGCAAACGUUGUUGUAGAAAUAUGUUGGCUUCAAAAUCUUCUACUCGAACUGCAACGACCUCUUUCUCAUGCAACCUUGGUGUAUUAUGACAAUGUAAGUGCCAUCUACCUGUCUGGUAAUCCAGUGCAACACCAGCUCACCAAGCACAUCAAGUUAGACAUUCAUUUUGUACGAGAGCAGGUAUAA